AACCCAGUUUAAUGGCCGUAACUUGACCACCCCUUCAGUUGUAUCGUUAAAAACAAUACCGAACAUACGUCCAAAAUAAUAAUUUUGACUUGAGGUGUAUCCAAAGCCCGACACGGUAGAGAAAUGAUGUUUGAUCAGGUUGCCAUUAACCUAAGUAGGCGAUUAAAGUGUGAAGUCAAAUAUUAACUUUUGUACGACGAAGUAUAAAACUUUUGGUGCCAAAUGUUUUGUGAAAUUUACACCAUGAGGUCGUGUAUAGGCCUUCUAGUUCUUGUGACUCUGGUGUCCCUUGUUAAAUCAUAUCCGACGAUUAUAACGGAUAACUACGCUCGCAAUGGCCAAGACCAGGAAUACAGCCAAUACCAACUAGAACAAGCAUCCUAUAACGCUCAUUCAAGUUCCAGCUCCUCCAAUACCUUUGACUCAUCAUCAUAUUCAUCGACAUCAGAUUUUGCCGACGGUCAUGAGUCUUCCGCUUUUUCGUCACAAAAAACAUCAGCAUCCGAAGCCGCAGCAUCCGAGGCAGAAACAUCUUACAGCUACACUGCAUUGAAUGCCAACAAUCCCUCAACUGCUUCUAACACAGGAAGUCAAAAUGGAUCAGGCCAGACAGAUUCCAAUGAGCAAAUCGACAACAGUAAAGAGUCAGGAAAUAGUUCUGGCCAGGACACAACAACACCUAAAUCCGAUGCGUCAAACCACGGGGACAGUGGAUCGAUGAAUGGUGCAUCAUCUGGCACUGGGUCGUCCAGCGAAAAUGGAUCAGCAAACAGUUCGUCCUUUGGAUCAUCAGCUAAACCGUCAACUAGCUCUGGAGGAACAAGUCAAAAUGGAUCGAACAAUAAUAAUUAUCAGACAAAUAACAAUGGUUCAGGCCAAAAUGGAUCAGGAUCAUCCAGCUCUGGAACGUCUAGCUCAGGAUCAUCUGGCUCAGGGUCAGGAAGUGCUGGUGCAUCUUCUUACACAGCUUCGAAGAUCAAUGGUUCGGGGGAUAGUACAUCUACUGGAGCUGCAUCAGCUUAUUCUUCUUCUAAAACAUCAACUGGCAAUGCCCAAAACGGUCAAAAUACAUCAUCAUCAACUAAUUCUAAUACAUCAGUAAAAGGAUCAAGUAAUACUGACUCAAGGCAAAAAGGUACUAAUCAAAACCAAACCGGUCAAAAUACUGCAUCAGCUGGUGCAUCAUCAAGUGCAUCAAAUGAGUCAGAAAAUUCUGCAACAACAGCAAAUUCGUCAACAAACAGUGGCAGUUCACAAAAUGGUUAUUCUUCUGGAUCUGCCACCUCCAGUACUGACAAUAUAAAAGGAUCAGAUAGCACUACAAAAACAUCAGUAAAUAAUCAAAAUAAAUCUGGUCAUGAUGGAGCAAGCCAAACCACGUCAGAUGAAAAUGCGACAACAAAAUCAAACGGUAAAUCAGGGCAAACUGAAGCAACUACAACAUCAACAACGGAGACCAAUAAUAAAGAUCACAAUGGAUCGGGAACGUCUGGCUCUGCUGGUGCGACAUCAACUGCUUCAGGUAAAACUGGAACUUCCGAAACAACAACCAAUGCAUCGUCUAGUGCCAAUGGAUCCGGUAGUUCUUCAACUGCAAAUUCCAAUGCAUCUGCUCAAAACAAGUCGGGACAAACUGAAUCAAAAACUACUGCUAAAACAAAUACUUCAUCUACUAAUGACAAGUCGCGAAAUACCCAAAAUGGAUCGGGAACGUCUGGCUCUGCUGGUGCGACAUCAACUGAUUCAGAUAAAUCUGGGACUUCUGAAACAUCGACUCAUGCAUCUUCUAGUGCAAAUGGAUCAGGAAGCUCAUCAUCUGCAAAUUCCAAUGCAUCCGCUCAAACCAAGUCAGGACAAACUAAAACACAAACUUCUGUAAAAACAAAUACUUCAUCUACUGGUGACAAAUCGCAAAAUACUCAAAAUGCUUCUGGCAGUGUAUCAACAACCACCACUGAUAAAUCAGGAAAAACUGCAACAACAUCGAAUUCAAAAUCAAAUUCUAGUUCAGGAAAUACUGGGUCUGGUUCUGCUAAUUCUGACAAGAAUAAAUCAGACAGCAAUGCUAGCUCAACAGCAAAUACUCACGCUCAAUCUAAAAAGGAAUCCAACAAAGCAACAGCUUCUGGGAAAGCUACAGCUUCCUCCAACGAUAAAUCAGAUCAUAACACAGAAGCAACUACCACAUUAGCAACGGAUAACAAUAAUAAAAAUGGUCAGAAUGGAUCAGGAUCGUCCAGCUCUGCUGGUGCUAAAUCAACUGGUUCCGGUAAUUCUGGAACUUCUGAAACAUCCACCAAUGCAUCUUCUCGUGCAAAUGGAUCAGAUAGCUCAUCAUCUACAAAUUCCAAUGCAUCCGCUCAAAACAAGACGGGACAAACUGGAUCACAAUCUAACUCAAAAACAAAUACAUCUACAAAUGACAAAUCGCAUAAUACCCAAAAUGCUUCUGGCAGUGCAUCAGCAACCACCACUGAUAAAUCUGGAAAAUCUGCAACAACAUCAAAUACAAGUUCAGGAACAACAUCUUCCUCUGGAACUGCUUCUGCCAAUGCUGACAAGAUUAAAUCAGGUAUCAAUCAUGGUCAGAGUGGAUCAGAAACGUCCAGCUCUGCUGGUGCGACAUCAACUGGGUCAGAUAAAUCUGGAACUUCUAAAACAUCCACCGAUGCAUCGUCUAGAGCCAAUGGAUCCGGUAGUUCUUCAUCUGCAAAUUCAAAUGCAUCUGCUCAAAACAAGUCGGGACAAACUGAUUCAAACACUACCGCUAAAACAAAUACUUCAUCUACUACUGACAAAUCGCAAAAUAUGCAAAAUGCUUCUGGCAGUGCAUCAGCAACCACCACUGAUAAAUCUGGAAAAACUGCAACAACAUCAAAUACAACUUCAGGAACUUCAUCUUCGUCUGGAGCUGCUUCAGCCAAUGCUGACAAGAAUAAAUCAGGUAGCAAUAAUGGUCAAAAUGGAUCAGCAUCGUCCAGUUCUGCUGGUGCGACAUCAACUGGGUCAGAUAAAUCUGGAACUUCUGAAACAUCGACUAAUGCUUCUUCUAGUGCAAAUGGCUCAGGGACCUCAUCAUCAGCAAAUUCCAAUGCAUCAGCCCAAAACAAGUCGGGACAAAAUGGAUCACAAUCUAACUCAAAAACAAAUACAUCCACUAAUGACAAAUCGCAAAAUACCCAAAAUGCUUCUGGCAGUGGAUCAGCAACCACCACUGAUAAAUCAGGAAAAACUGCAACAACAUCAAAUACAACUUCAGGAACUUCAUCUUCGUCUGGAACUGCUUCAGCCAAUGCUGACAAGAAUAAAUCAGGUAGCAAUAAUGGUCAGAAUGGAUCAGCAUCGUCCAGUUCUGCUGGUGCGAAAUCAACUGGGUCAGAUAAAUCUGGAACUUCCGAAACAUCGACUAAUGCAUCUUCUAGUGCAAAUGGAUCAGGGACCUCAUCAUCAGCAAAUUCCAAUGCAUCAGCCCAAAACAAGUCCGGACAAAAUGGAUCACAAUCUAACUCAAAAACAAAUACAUCCACUAAUGACAAAUCGCAAAAUACCCAAAAUGCUUCUGGCAGUGGAUCAGCAACCACCACUGAUAAAUCGGGAAAAACUGCAACAACAUCAAAUUCGAAAUCAAAUUCUAGUUCAGGAAAUACUGGGUCUGCUGUGGCUUCUACUAAUUCUGACAAGAAUAAAUCAGACAGCAAUGCUAGCUCAAAAGCAAAUACUCACGCUCAAUCUAACAAGGAAUCAAACAAAGCAACAGCUUCUGGGAAAGCUACAGCUUCCUCCAACGGUAAAUCAGAUCACAACACAGAAGCAACUACCACAACAGCAACGGAUAACAAUAAUAAAAAUGGACGGAAUGGAUCAGGAUCGUCCAGCUCCGCUGGUGCUAAAUCAACUGGUUCCGGUAAAUCUGGAACUUCUGAAACAUCGACCAAUGCAUCUUCUAGUGCAAAUGGAUCAGAAAGCUCAUCAUCUACAAAUUCCAAUGCAUCCACUCAAAACAAGUCGGGACAAACUGAAUCAAAAACUACUGCUAAAACAAAUACUUCAUCUACUACUGACAAAUCGCAAAAUACGCAAAAUGCUUCUGGCAGUGCAUCAGCAACCACCACUGAUAAAUCUGGAAAAACUUCAACAACAUCAAAUACAACUUCAGGAACUUCAUCUUCGUCUGGAACUGCUUCAGCCAAUGCUGACAAGAAUAAAUCAGGUAGCAAUAAUGGUCAGAAUGGAUCCGCAUCGUCCAGUUCUGCUGGUGUGACAUCAACUGGGUCAGAUAAAUCUGGAACUUCUGAAACAUCGACUAGUGCAUCUUCUAGUGCAAAUGGAUCAGGGACCUCAUCAUCAGCAAAUUCCAAUGCAUCAGCCCAAAACAAGUCAGGACAAAAUGGAUCACAAUCUAACUCGAAAACAAAUACAUCUACUAAUGACAAAUCGCAAGAUACCCAAAAUGCUUCUGGCAGUGCAUCAGCAACCACCACUGAUAAAUCAGGAAAAACUGCAACAACAUCAAAUUCGAAAUCAAAUUCUAGUUUAGGAAAUACUGGGUCUGCUGUGGCUUCUACUAAUUCUGACAAGAAUAAAUCAGACAGCAAUGCUACCUCAACAGCAAAUACUCACGCUCAAUCUAACAAGGAAUCCAACAAAGCUACAGCCUCUGGGAAAGCAACAGCUACCUCCAACGGUAAAUCAGAUCAAAACACAGAAGCAACUACUACAUCAGCAACGGAUAACAAUAAUAAAAAUGGUCAAAAUGGAUCAGGAUCGUCCAGCUCCGCUGGUGCUAAAUCAACUGGUUCCGGUAAAUCUGGAACUUCUGAAACAUCCACCAAUGCAUCUUCUAGUGCAAAUGGAUCAGAUAGCUCUUCAUCUGCAAAUUCCAAUGCAUCAGCUCAAAACAAGUCGGGACAAACUGAAACACAAUCUACUGCUAAAACUAAUACUUUAUCUACUAAUGAUAAAUCGAAAAAUACCCAAAAUGCUUCUGGCAGUGCAUCAGCAACCACCACUGAUAAAUCUGGAAAAUCUGCAACAACAUCAAAUACUAAUUCAGGAACUGACAAGAAUAAAUCAGCCAGCAAUAAAAGCUCAACAUCAAAAACAGAGAGCAAUAAUGGUCAGAGUGGAUCAGAAACGUCCGGCUCUGCUGGUGCGACAUCAACUGGGUCAGAUAAAUCUGGAACUUCUGAAAAAUCGACCAAUGCUUCUUCUAGUGCAAAUGGAUCAGGAAGCUCAUCAUCAGCAAAUACCAAUGCAUCAGCUCAAAACAAGUCGGGACAAACUGAAACACAAUCUACUGCUAAAACCAAUACUUUAUCUUCUAAUGAUAAAUCGAAAAAUACCCAAAAUGCUUCUGGCAGUGCAUCAGCAACCACCACUGAUAAAUCUGGAAAAUCUGCAACAACAUCAAAUACUAAUUCAGGAACUGGCAAGAAUAAAUCAGCCAGCAAUAAUAGCUCAACAUCAAAAACAGAGAGCAAUAAUGGUCAGAGUGGAUCAGAAACGUCCGGUUCUGCUGGUGCGACAUCAACUGGGUCAGAUAAAUCUGGAACUUCUGAAACAUCGACCAAUGCUUCUUCUAGUGCUAAUGGAUCAGGAACCUCAUCAUCAGCAAAUUCCAAUGCAUCAGCCCAAAACAAGUCGGGACAAACUGGAUCACAAUCUAACUCAAAAACAAAUACUUCAUCUUCUAAUGACAAGUCGCAAAACACCCAAAAUUCAUCAGGAACGUCUGGCUCUGCUGGUACGACAUCAACUGGGUUAGACAAAUCUGGAACUUCUGAAACAUCAACCAAUGCAUCUUCAAGUGCAAAUGGAUCAGGAAGCUCAUCAUCUGCAAAUACCAAUGCAUCAGCUCAAAAUAAGUCGGGACAAACUGAAACACAAUCUUCUACUAAAACAAAUACUUCAUCUACUAACGAUAAAUCGCAAAAUACCCAAAAUGGAUCGGGAACGUCAGGUUCUGCUGGUGCGACAUCAACUGGUUCAGAUAAAUCUGGGACUUCUGAAACAUCGACCAAUUCAUCAUCUAGUGCAAAUGGAUCAGCUUCGUCAGCAAAUUCUAAUGCAGCCACAUCUGAUAAAUCAGGAUCUGAAUCUGAAAAUGGGUCUACUAAAUCAAAUGCAUCAGCUGAUAAUGGGCAAUCUGGAAAAAACGGAGAACCAGUCACUUAUAAACACAUUAAGAAAGUUUCUAAAGGUGAACAACAAAGCGCAUCAGAGGACUCAACUCACGAUUCAGAAAUAACGGAAGAAUCUGGUGAUAAUGGCACGGUUCGGAGUGAAGUGACGAAUGAUGCAUCUAGCAAGGAGUCUGCUAGUAAAUCCCAUGCUAAAACUUACGAAGAGACUUCAGGAUCAGAUGGAACAUAUCAAAGACGAUCGACCGAAAACGAACAGGAAAGUGAAUCGGCUGCGUCUUCACAAAACCAGCAAGCAGAUUACUCCUAUGUUGGACCCGACGGAAGCACAGAUGUUGCGUCGUCUAGUUCAAGUUCUUCCAGCUCUUCUACCUUUUCGAGUUCUUCAUCUACGUUCGAAGAAGAAGAUUCUAGUUUUAAAAAAUAGAAAUGUAAUGCAAUGACAUUUGGCAAUGAUUCGUCCGCAAUAACUUUACUUAUAUUGUAAAGAAUACCUAUAAUAAUGUUCAAUUUUAUUUAGGAUUGGUUUGCAAUAUAAUUAUGAUUCCUGAAAA